CCCUCUGCAAGGAUAGCCCUGCCGCCGCUGCCGCUGCGGGCUGGUCGGCAGCCGGACCAUUCCUCCGGUGUGCUUCCAAAUGGCCCGCCGCCUUCUUCUCCGUCGUAGCCUCAGCAGCUAUUCCACCUCCGCCGCCGACAUGGUCGUCUCCUCCAUCCGCCUCCUCUCCGCCACCAAUCCCACCAAAUCAGCCCCAACCCCGACUCCCCUUCACCCCGGUAACCCCAAUCCUGAUCCAGGAGCAGCUCCUCCCCACCCUCCUCCUCCCACCACAACCCUCCUCCUGUCCCCGGCGGACCGCCUCCGCGGGGUCUUCCUCCAGAAGCCCCCCGGCCGCGCCGCCCUCCACCGAGCCCUCUCCUCCACGGGCCUCGACGCCCUCUCCCCGGAGGUUCUGUCCGAUGUGGUCAGCCGCGGCAACCUCAGCGGCUCCGCCACCGUCGACCUCCUCGACUGGGCCAUCUGCAGCGCCAAGCUCCGUCCUUCCGUGCAGACCUGCAACAUCGUCGUCAGGGCUCUGGGCAGGAGGAAGUUCUUCACCUCCGUCGAGCCUGCCCUGGAGGUAAUGCGGAAAAAUGGCGUCUUUCCGGACCUAACCACGCUGCAGAUCAUCAUGGAUACUCUUGUUGCCGCCAGGCAGGUCAACAAGGCCGUCCAAAUGCUCGAGAGCGACCAAUUUGGGAUAGGAAUCGAGAAAACUUGCCACAGAAAGGAGGCUUUCUCUGCUCUCAUCGAAUGCCUCUGCCGGAGGUCACACGUCGGUGUAGCCAGCUCACUCGUACAAGCCGCCCGUGGACAACCAUUCCAUCUUGAUAAGCAAGUGUACAAUGACGUGCUUGGCGGUUGGGCGAGGUUUGGGAGGGUUGAUAAGUUGCAGCAUUUCUGGGCAAUGAUGCUGGAGGAUGGGCUAGUGCCAGAUGAUGUUUCGCAUUGCCAUCUUAUCGAGGCAUUGGGGAGGGCAGGACAGGCCGAGGAGGCACUCAGGGUGUUUGAGAAAAUGGUGCAAGAGGGAUACGGUCCAACUACAAUGGCCUACAAUGCACUUGUUUUCAAUUUUAUCUCAGUAGGGGAUUUGGACAGGUCCAUCAAGUAUUACAAGGAUAUGGUGGACAAUAAUUGUCCUCCAAACAGUGACACAUACUGCAAGAUGAUUAGAGCCCUUUUGAAAACACGCAGGGUGGCUGAUGCACUUCAAAUGUUUGAUGACAUGCUGGCUCAAGGAGUUCUGCCAGAUACAGGCAUAAUUACAUCAUUCAUCGAGCCACUUUGUACGUUUGGCCCCCCUCAUGCUGCCUUGAUGAUCUACCAAAAGAGUAGGAAGGCUGGUUGUACGAUAUCGCUGAAAACAUACAAGCUUCUGCUUGAAAGGCUUGCCAGGUUUGGGAAAAGUGGGACAGUGUUGAACAUUUGGGAGGAGAUGCAAGAGAGCGGGUAUCCGUCCGAUAAAGAAAUAUACGAGUUUAUUGUAAAUGGGCUUUGCAAUGUGGGCAAGGUUGAUGCUGCUGUUUUUGUGGUGGAGGAAUCACUUAGGAAAGGCUUCUGUCUAGGGAGAGUUGUUUAUAGCAAACUGAAUGACAGGCUGCUGGAGAUGGACAAAGUGGAGACUGCUUACAAUUUGUCAAAGAAAAUCAAACAUGGACGCACACUUGCUAAUUCACGCAACUAUUGUCGUGCUAAUGGUUGGCACUUGUGAUUUGUGAACAGACUUGGUUGCUACGCAACUAUUUGUUAUGCUGAUCAAAACAGUUCCGUAUGUGUUUAAAAGUAGCCUCACUUGCAUUCUGCGAAACAGUUGGCAAAGGUAAAACGCAAGUUUGGCUGGUGAAAGGUAUAAGAGUUCUGUAGCUACCUAUGCCUUUUGUCUCCACACAACGUAAGCUGCUCAUUUUCAUGAAGAUGCUACCAUGGAUUUAGGGGAUAACUCCCUAAGACUGUUGCUAUCAGGUCUGUGGAUUGAUAUAUCACAUGAGAUCAAAGAAGGGAACUGGUUGACCAAUUACAUGAGAAUAAAAUGAAAAGGCAGGACAUCUGGUUCCAGAAAUGAUAAAAUCCGUGGGGCUUGCAACCAUGUAAUGAAAUCCCAUACCAUAAAUCCUCUGUGUUUCAAUGUGAUUUCUAGCAAAGAGUGGAGAGGAUGAACUGCAUAUAUUCUGUGUAGCAGCAAUCUCGAUAAUCAAUUGACACAAGAUAACUACAGAGGUUCACUCAAUGCUCAAUAGAUGAUGCAAUCAAUGUCUGCAACUUAUCACAUGGGACCAUCUGAUAUUUGGAUCCAUCCAUCAGAGGAGGAAGGCACAUUACAAAGAUUUGGCUCCUUUCAGUUCUUUUACUUGUCCCAGUUUUGUUGGGAUGCUACUGAUUUGAUACAAGAGCUAAGACCAGUCUACGAUACACAAACUUGAAGUGUUCAGCAAAUAAUUUCUGCUGACUUGUUCAGGUCUAGCUUCACUGAUCAAUCAACGAUAUUACAGGAAGAAGAGAGGUAGCUAAUUGGGCUGGGAUUACAAGGCAGUCAGAAGGGGGACCGAGGGAAGGAGCCGGAGGUAGGAGAAGACAUAAGCCACCGUGCCGAUAGCCGUAAUCCUAAGCGGAUGCCUCGUCCGUCGCCUCGGCCCUCUCAUACUUGUAAUUGCCGCAGCAACGAGCUGGAUGGGCCUAGCCCAUCACUACCAGCCCAUGAUAGAAAGGGGGCUGACAUGUUUUGAGAGACAUUGUUGUCCUCGAGAUAUUUAUGCCGAGCCAGUUUAUUUAGAUUAAGCUAUCAUGUUACCUGGUGCAUUUUGAUCAUUUUUUGUUUCAGAGACCUGUGAGGAAAUUUUGCCGAAAAUAAUCUCCAUGUACUGUCAAAGCAAUGCCCUGUGAAGUAUUUUUGGUUGAGAAGUUCUAUUUCUACCAAAUUAUGUAAACUAUGCUUGGCAAUGUCAGACAAUUUAUUUUGAUCAAGCUA